GAAGAAUGACCACAGGCCUGAGUCAGGUAGCAGAGACGAUAAAACCACCUGAUCCCGGAGGAGGACGGCACCCCGGCGCAGAGGACUCCCCGCCGCCGCUGCCCCGGAGCCCGGCAGCCGCCCCGCACGGCCGGCCAUGCCCGCGCUCUGGCUGAGCUGCCUCUGCGCCUCGCUGCUCCUGCCUGCGGCCGCGGCCACCUCCCGGCGCGAAGUCUGUGACUGCAAUGGGAAGUCCCAGCAAUGCAUCUUUGACCAGGAGCUUCACUGGCGGACAGGCAAUGGGUUCCGGUGCCUCAACUGCAAGGACAACACUGAUGGCCUGCACUGCGAGAGAUGCAGGGAGGGCUUCUACCGGCGCCCGGACAGAGACAGCUGCCUGCCCUGCAACUGUCACUCCAAAGGUUCUCUCAGUCCACUAUGUGACAACUUUGGAUGGUGCAGCUGUAAGCCAGGUGUGACAGGAGACAAGUGUGACCGAUGUCUGCCAGGCUUCCACACGCUCGGUGAUGCUGGGUGCACCCAGGACCAGAGACAACUAGACUUCAAGUGUGAUUGUGACCCAGCUGGCAUUGCGGGGCCCUGCGACUCUGGCCGCUGUGUGUGUAAACCGGCUGUCACCGGAGAGCGCUGUGACAGGUGUCGGGCAGGGUACUAUCAUCUGGAUGCGGGAAAUCCUGAGGGCUGUACCCAGUGCUUUUGCUACGGCCAUUCAGCCAGCUGCCAUGGCUCCACAGACUACAGCGUCCAUAAGAUCACAUCUACCUUCCAGCAAGAUGCUGAUGGCUGGAAGGCUGUCCAAAGAAACGGGUCUUCUGCAAAGCUCCAUUGGUCACAGCGUCACCGGGAUGUGUACACCUCAGCCCGAAGAGACCCUGUCUUUUUUGUGGCUCCUGCCAAAUUCCUUGGGAACCAGCAAGUGAGCUAUGGACAAAACCUGUCUUUUGACUACCGUGUGGACAGGGGAGGCAGACACUCAUCUGCUCAUGAUGUGAUCCUGGAAGGUGCUGGUCUGCAGAUCACAGCUCCCUUGAUUCCUCAUGGGAAGAUACUGCCCUGCGGAAUCACCAAGACUUACACAUUCAGAUUAAACGAACAUCCAAGCAGUAACUGGAGCCCCCAGCUGAGUUAUUUUGAGUAUCGAAGGUUACUUCGGAACCUCACAGCCCUCCGGAUCCGAGCUACGUACGGAGAGUACAGUACUGGGUAUAUUGACAAUGUGACUCUGAUUUCUGCCCGCCCCGUCUCUGGAGCCCCAGCACCCUGGGUUGAGCACUGUGUGUGUCCUGUUGGGUACAAGGGCCAGUUCUGCCAGGAUUGUGCUUCUGGCUACAAAAGAGAUGCAGCAAGCCUGGGGCCUUUUGGUACCUGUAUUCCGUGUAACUGCCAAGGGGGAGGGACCUGUGAUCCAGACACAGGAGACUGUUAUUCAGGGGAUGAAAACCCUGACAUCGAGUGUGCCGACUGUCCCCUUGGUUUCUACAAUGAUCCGCAUGACCCCCGCAGCUGCAAACCGUGCCCCUGUCACAAUGGGUUCAGCUGUUCUGUGAUGCCGGAGACAGAGGAGGUGGUAUGCAACAACUGCCCCACGGGGGUCACAGGUGCACGCUGUGAGCUCUGUGCUGAUGGCUACUUUGGGGACCCCUUUGGGGAACGUGGCCCAGUGAGGCCUUGUCAGCCCUGUCAGUGCAACAACAACGUGGACCCCAGUGCCUCCGGAAACUGUGAUGGGUUGACAGGCAGGUGUUUGAAGUGCAUCCACAACACGGCUGGUUUCAACUGUGACCAGUGCAAAGCAGGCUACUUCGGAGAUCCACUGGCUCCUAAUCCAGCCAACAAGUGUCGAGCUUGCAACUGCAGCCCUGUGGGUUCAGAGCCAGGACAGUGUCGCAGUGAUGGCAGCUGUAUUUGCAAGCCAGGAUUUGGUGGUCUCAACUGUGAGCACAGAGCAUUACCCAGCUGUCCAGCUUGCUACAGUCAAGUGAAUACUAAGAUGGCCCAGUUUAUGGAGCAGCUUCAGGGCCUGGAGGCCCUGAUUUCAAAGGCACAGGGUGGUGGCGGCACAAUACCCAAUUCAGAGCUGGAAGGCAGGCUGCAGCAGGCUGAGCAGGCCCUUCAGGAUAUUCUGAGAGAAGCCCAGAUUUCAGAAGGUGCUAGUAGAUCUCUCAGGCUCCAGCUGGCCAACGCAAGGGGCCAAGAGAGCAGUUACCGGAACCGCCUGGAUGACCUCAAGAUGACCGUGGAGAGGGUUCAGGCCCUGGGCAAUCAGUAUCAGAACCGAGUUCGGGAUACUAGAAGGCUCAUUGCACAAAUGCGCCUGAGCAUGGCAGAAAAUGAAGCUUCCCUGAGAAACUCGGACAUUCCUUCCUCUGACCAGUAUGUGGGACCAAAUGGCUUUAAAAGUCUGGCUCAGGAGGCGGUACGGCUGGCAGACAGCCACGUUGAGUCAGCCAAUAACAUGGAGCAACUGGUAAGGGAAACUGCGGAUUAUUCCAAACAAGCACUAUUACUGGCCAGCAAGGCUCAGAGUGGAGGUGUCGGAAGUGACAUCACUGACAACCACGCAGUACAAGGACUUAUGGGAAAGUUGGAGAAAACCAAGUCCCUGGCCCAGCAGUUGUCAAGGGAGGCUGCUCAGACUGACACUGAGGCAGAUCAGUCUCAUCAGCAUAGUCUCCGCCUUCUGGAUUCAGUGUCUCAGCUUCAGGGAGUCAGUGAUCAGUCCUUCAAGGUGGAAGCAAAGAGGAUCCAACAGAAAGUUGAUUCUCUCUCGAGCCUGGUGGCCAGGCAUACAGAUGAGGUCAAGCGGGUGCGAAGCAAUCUGGGAAACCGUGAAAAAGAAACCCAGCAGCUCUUACAGGAUGGAAAGAACGGGAGACAGAAAGCGGGUCAGCUGCUUUCCCGUGCCAACCUUGCUAAAAGCAGAGCCCAAGAAGCACUAAGUAUGGGCAAUGCCACUUUUUAUGAAGUUGAGAACAUCCUAAAGAACCUCAGAGAGUUUGACCUGCAGGUAGAAGACAGAAAAGUAGAAGCGGAAGAGGCCAUGAAGAGACUCUCCUACAUCAGCCGGAAGGUUGCAGACGCCAGUGACAAGACGGAGCAAGCCGAAAGCGCGCUGGGCAGUGCCACUGCUGAUGCCCAGCGGGCAAACAGUGCUGCAAGGGAGGCACUGGAGAUCAGUGGCCAAAUGGAACAGGAGAUAGGGAGUCUGAACUUGGAAGCCAAUGUGACAGCAGAUGGGGCCUUGGCCAUGGAAAAGGGACUGGCCACUCUAAAGAGUGAGAUGAGAGAGGUGGAAGGAGAGCUGGCCAGGAAGGAGCUGGAGUUUGAUACAGACAUGGAUGCGGUGCAGAUGGUGAUUACUGAAGCCCAGAGAGUUGAUGCCAGAGCCAAGAAUGCAGGUGUUACAAUCCAAGACGCUCUCAACUCACUGGACAGCAUCCUACACCUGAUAGACCAGCCUGGGAGUGUGGAUGAAGAGGGACUGGCCUUACUGGAGCAGGAGCUUUUCCAAACUAAGACCCGGAUCAACAGCCAACUGCGGCCCUUGAUGUCAGAGCUGGAGGAGAGGGCACGUCGACAGAAGAAUCACCUCCACUUCUUGGAGAUGAGCAUAGAUGGGAUUCUGGCUGAUGUAAAGAACCUGGAGAACAUCAGGGACAACCUGCCCCCGGGUUGCUAUAAUACACAGGCUCUGGAGCAGCAGUGAAGCUGAACUCAACUGAGAUUCUUGGGAUCCAGGCCUCAGGGACUGAGGAGCCAUUGUGUGCGGGUGGGGUGGGAUGGGGAACUGGAACAUGUUUGAUGGGUGCGCUCAGGUCAACGGAACCUGACUCCAUCCCUGAGAUUGUGGCCCCCUGGAUGUCUUACUGUACCGGUUUGGUAUGUUUGUCCCCUGGUACUGCUAGGCAAUGAGGCAGCUGGCAUGGAGUGCGAGACUGAUGGAGGACCUGGGCACCCAAGAGCACACUGGCUGGAAGGAAAAACUGCACAGGCAGACGUUUGCCUCCAAACAGAAACAAAGUUCUGGAAUCUGGAUAAGUGCUGCUGGGUUACAGUCAUCUUAUUUGAGUAAUGUGACUAAUAGAACCAUUUUUACUUUUCCCAAGCAUUAAAAGUUCUUCCUAAUGUCAGAACAGAGUGACGUCCAAUUACACAUGGCCAGUAAAACCUUUCCUGUGUCCACUGCAGGCUUCUUUAUGACCACAGUUCCUCCCACUCACUAUCCCUUACAUGAGCAUGUACUCCACUUGCAAGUUAGAAGUCAGCAGAGAUAGACUGGAGGCCUGGAAGCAUGACCUGGUCCAUUUGGGAGCAGUGAUGCUGGCUGGUGACUGUCACCUUCAUGCUCUAGGCUAACAGGGACAUCCUUUCUCAUAAUAAUGCCAUGGCAUCCCAGAGAUGGUAUUUUUAUUAAAGGAUUUUUUUUAACCAGCAAAUCAGAUAUUGCAAAGGAAUUUGUUUUCUGGUUUCAAAGUGAUACAAAAAAAUGUUACUUGGGUAUUGAAAGAGGUGAAAGUACAAAAAAAAAAAGUUUCACUAGUCCUAAUUCAAUUCUACUUUUUAAACACUAAACAUUAUAUCUUAUUCUCUCCCUGUAGCAGAAAAUGUCCCCAACUGCACUUGAGCUGGGUAGAAUCCAUCCUUCCAUCCACACUUUCAACAUACAUUUAUUGAGUCUGUGUUGUGUGCCAGAACAGAAAUGCUCUUACGUGUUUGACUGUCUGGUGAGGAAGACUGACAUUAAAAACAAUAAAAUUUAAGUCUGACAAAUUCAUUCAUCAUGAGUGGUAGUUCCUCCAGUUACCCUUUAGUUUGCAACCUCUUUUCUCAACAGAACCUGUGUUGCAAGAGAGUCCCACAGGGGCACUUGAGUCGGGACAAAGCUGACCCCGCUCUGAGCUGUGCGCUGCAGCUGUUCCUCCACCCCGGCCAAGGCCACGGCGGAUUGCGACAGACUGUUGAGUCAUGAUGACCAGCGGGAAUUGCUGAAGGAGCCAGAGGCACUUUCACCUCAGCUGGGAACUUUCCUGCAGCUCUCUUCUUUAUUUCCUUGGCUUUUCAUGGACGUGUUUUUAAAUAAAGAGCAAUUGUUAGAUGCCUA